AUGGCCAGCGUGCCUCUUGAGAAGUUUGCCUCGUCGCUGUGCAAGCCCGGCAGAAGUCGUUCAGGCGGCAGCUCAGGCGACGUCGCCUUUGCGAUGUACACCGUGCCGGCCGAUGCGUUCUUGCAGAUGACAGAGGUCAAGAUGCACGAGGAGCUGCUAGACGCCGGUGUGGUCACAGAGUUUGAUGAGAGCAUGGGAAACGCCAUGUUCGUGUCGCACCAGUGGCUGAGUGACACACACCCCGAUCCAUACUUCGAGCAGCUGCGAACCUUGCAAGAUGCGCUGAAGAACAUGGUGGCCGGAACCAGUAAGGUGUAUCUUCCUGUGUGUUCGGAAAUCCUAAAUGGUCGCAUAAGGUGCCCUACGGCCAAUGAUUUCGCAUCCGGUCUUCACGUCUGGUAUGACUACUUCAGCAUCCCGCAGAACGCUGCUGGCCAGGCAUCUUUGGUCCGCCAGAAUGCCAUUCACAGCAUUCCCUCGUACGUGGCAAGAUGUGAGUUCUUUAUCGUGCUGUGCCCGGCAUUCCAGCACAGAGAUCAGGAGCGCACCCUGAGCCAUGCAACCUGGGGCGAACGAGGGUGGUGUCGCACAGAGAGAGCUGCACGUGAACUUUCGACGCGCAGUCGUGGCGCUGGCUACGUCAUCGUUAUAGAGAGCGCGAUGCACCAGACACUUAUGUGGACAGGAAACAGAAUGAGCGAUGCACCUGGUGAAGGAGCGUUUACAUUGGAUGCUGACAGAGUGGGGAUUGGUCGUAUGAUCACCCAGAUGGUUUGGUCGAAGCUUUUUCAUUUCCUCGAACAACGAGAGUUUCACAACUACCGAUUCCUUCUCAACUCGCAUGCCGCACGGUAUUUCCGAGCUCUUGACGUGGAGCCCAUUGACGGCCUUAUCCCGGGAUUCCGGACUCGGAUCGACCCCAGUGUUGACGACAAGGGCUUCAUGCUGGAUCGUUUCCUACAUCAGAAUGGCUUCAGGAACAUUUUCGAGCGCGAUUCUGAAGGAUGGCCACCCGUUUGCUUCGCAGCAAUGAGCAACAACCUCGUGGUGCUGCAGGCGCUUCUUGACCGAAGCGUGGAUGUAAACCAGUCCACGAGCAAGCCCAAGGCAGAAAUGGGCGUGCUCGGCAAAAUCACGGCUCUGGGAAUGGCCUCCUUCUUAGGCAACAACGAAGCUGUUAAGCUGCUCCUGUCCGCCAGAGCCCAGGUGAGCUACAAGUUUGUUGGUGGUGGCACUGCCCUCCAUCUGGCAUGUGCUGGAGAUAAUCCGCUUGGAGUGCGUCUGCUGUGCCAUGCUCGAGCCGAUAUCAAUCAGCAAGGGAUACCGGGACUGACCCCUUUCAUGGCUGCAUGUGCAUGCGGAAGCGGGCGCGCCAUGAAGGAGAUGCUCGCUCUGAAUCCGCACGUGAGCUUGCGGCACUCUCUGCACAUCGCACUCAUGUUCGCUGGAGGCGGCUCUGCCGACUCCGUGCCGCUCUUGCUGGAGGCUCGAGCGAAUGUGAAUGAACAGUUCCGGGUACAGAUCCGGGAGCCGGGCUGGUGGCUUCUAAUGAACGUCAUGGGCGUGAGGCAUCGGGUAAGCCCAUCCCGACUGACGUUGCUGGCAUAUCAUCAUUACGACGCUACGCCUCUGAUGUUUGGCAUUCUGGGUGGUUGCCUGGAUUCUGUGUCCUCUCUGCUCUCAGCCGGCAAUGGCCGCUUUGCGGCUAUGUCAGCACUGGAUGAGAAGAAAAGUAUUUGUCUUUACCACCUGCCGGCAGACGUGGCCCGACCUCGCAAGAGCGAGCCUACACAUACUUAUGUCAUCAAGGUACCCGCCCUGCUGAUCGGGCCCGGGGGAAACCCAUGCGAGAUGAUGGUACCGAAUCCCUUCGACGGAGAUGGAGGAUUCCGCUUUGCGGCGCUGACGAAGACGGCGGUAAAGCUUUGGGAGUACCGGCAAGCCACACAUGAGGUAAAAAGUAGCUCUGUGGUCUUUGGCAAGAAUCCGCAGCAGCAGAUGACUUACGUUGCUUACGUUGAUCAGGGGCAUCUUCUCAUGUGCGGCAAAGAUGGCCACCUCUACAACGUGGAGGGAGGAACCUGCCACAACUCUGCGUCUGUCUCCAGCUCCCUUGGUUGUGCAGUCCCCCUGAACCAUUGCAGAGUCCCCGCUCGCCGGCGUACUAGGUUCGCCUUGCUGGCUGUUGCAGCCCUCUGCGCAGCUGGCCUUCGUGCCAGCUAUGCCUUCGCUGGGGCGCGUGCUGCACUCUCUUCCACAAGGACUGCACGGUCUGCGCUCGACAAGGAUCUCGUCCAAAGUUCUUGGGCCGAAGUUUGCCCAGACACUUCCAAGGAGACACUGACGGCCGUGGGUACGGUGAUCUUUGACGCUCUGUUCGAGGCCGAUCAGUCCACCAAAGACCUCUUCAGCUUCGGCGACCGUAUAAAUGAGGCCGAGCAGAAGAAGUUCGAUAAGCAUGUCGCGGGCUUCACCCAGACAGUGGACAAGGCGGUGAAGGGCCUGGACGACAUCCCCACAUUGAUCCCGGUGCUGAACUACCUUGGUGAGCGGCACGCUUACCACGACGUCACCAAGGAGCACUACGACGCAGCAGGCAAAACCUUGCUGACUGUUCUUGAGAAGGUGCUGGAGCCGAAGGGGCUCUGGACGCCAGAAACCAAAGAGUCCUGGGCUGAGGUCUAUGGGGUGAUGAGCAGCGAGAUGCAGAAGGGUUCCGCAUUCCACUUUGCUGUUGGCGCCAGCGAUGGCAGCUUCAUGCUGGGCCGCACGGAGCAGGAGGAGGCCAUUCGAGGCAAGAAGCAGAAGCUGGGGCACAGACCUUGUAUCAUCGUCCGCUUCAAUCUGGGGGAGGUUCCUGCGGAGCCGAACCAGGUUUGGCCGAAAGAUUUGCGUCCCCACUGGAAGAGUUUGCAAGUCAAUGAGCGCGGUCUCUGUGUAGCCGCCUCCGCCGGCCAUGUGCUGGUUCUUUUGGACCUUGGCCUUCGAGAAGGAUCUAGCCGUCGGCUGCUUCGCGUUUUGCAGGUGGGUCACAAGGUCGAAGCCUUUGCGCUCGCACCGCACCCGAAGAUCCUAGAACUCUGCGCCACCGGCGACGAGCGGGGUGUGAUUCACUUCUGGGACUUGGAGGCCAAGCGGCCCCUCCUCCACAAGAUGUACCGGUCGGACCUCGCCGUCCGCAGCCUUGCCUUCUCCCCCGAAGGCGACAUGUUGGCCUUGGGCCAGUCAGCUGGUCUCCUGAAGCUCUUGGACUUCCCCUCGCUGGAAGGUAUCUUCCACCGCCGGCUUGCGCGUCCGGGGAAGGAUGGGGAAGUUCUAUCCUGGAUCGCCUUCUCGAACUAUGCUGACAGCGCAAAAUCGCGCUACCUUGCAUGCGCCAGUUGGGAUCAGAACGUGUACCUCCUUCGCAUCUUCUGGAAGCAGAAGAAAGAGGUCAGACAGACUCCGCAAUGGCAUCAGGACUGUACUCCAACCGG